AUGUUUUCCUCAAUCAGUACUCGCGAUCGUCUACGGAGAUCCAUGUCCACUCGUUCCAUGCGAAGAGCCCGUCCAGUUCGAGAGCCAGAGCCAGUCAACCCGGAAAUCGCCAAAGCUCAGGCAAAGGCGGCUGCAUCACGGGCAAUGCGCUCAAGCGCGUCCUCGGCGGAAUCCAAGGCAUAUGAUCGAUUAGGAGGGCCAGCACAGGUGGCAGUUCCUAAGAGGCGACCAGGUUCAAGCCUUCGGUAUACAGAAGACGAUGCUUCCGUCUAUUCCGCAUCCAUUGUACCUCCCGUGACGCCUCGUCAAUCUACGGAGAAGAAUGGGACGAAUCGAGGACAUACACUCGAAGACUUGGCCGCAUUGCCCCCAAUCACCGAGCUCCAGGGACUAGAUGGACGAGAUAGUUCGGUGCCUUCGUCAUACCGCCGACUGCGCAAGGCCAAGUCCAUGUUCUCAACCCGAGCUCGAUCUUCUCAUGUGCCAUUUGGGCCACCGCCGAUGUCCCCUCGAAAUGCCUGUGAACUAGAACGAAGUCCGGAAAUCGAGCUACCUCGGACCCUACGGCCUUCUACCUCCUUCAUUCGCGGCCGUCGCCAUGUCAAUCGAGCAAUUAGACAUGCCAAGAGCCACGAUGUAGCCAUUCAGCUCGCCCGCAAGCAGUUCAUGGAGGAAGCUGAAAGUCCGGCAACUCAGAUCAGGCGCUCGUCGUUCUUCAACCGACGCAAACGAGAACACAAGCCGUUUCGCAAGACGUUCCGAGUCACGAGCGAUACUGGGCCAAUUCCAGGCUCUACACCAGAACACGUUUCUCGACGGGCCUCGCGCAGUAGAUCUCGAACCUUCUCUUCAUCCAUCAAGAGCGGCUUCCGGCGUGUCUUCGGAAUUUCGAAGCCUGCUGGGCUUCAGCAAUCCGAGUUCAGACUAGAAGCAGAGGACCUGUCCAUCGCACGACCAGAUUCGACGCUUGAAAAUCAUCCUACUGGGCCUGCAAUCAGUGGCGACAUGAGUAUGGACCAUUAUCUGCUGUCCAGUCCUCUUUCGGUCGAUUCUCCAGGAGACACCAGCCUCUGCACAUCCAAAUCCCGCGUGACUAGCUGGGCAGAUUCGUCCGUCGCCAACACAGUGAUGACACGAAAGACCCGACACCGCCAGUCACUAUCUCUGAUUGAAGAGCAUGGGGAUCUGAACAAGCAAUUGCCCCAAGUGCCUGGUAAUCGCACCGGUCGCCAGCUUCCCCAGUAUGAAGAGACCAUCAUCGGAUCGGACAUCAAUGCCGGUGGACUCAACAAUUGGGCCGAUAGCAAUGACUUAUAUUCAGCGCUAAUGCAGAAGAUUAGACGGCAGGCUAUGCAUACACCCGAUGGAGAAAUUGUCUUUGGCACGGUCCCAGAACAUCGUGCGAUUCCAGAGCGCACAUCCUCGGUAUAUUCACAUCGCAGCAGACGCACGAUUCGGCACAUCCCCAGCGAAGAAUCAUCGAUAGCCGGAUCAUUUGCAACCGCACGUGUUGGUGACUCAAAGUCUCCACAGCGGCGCCAACCAGGGCCUCUUUCACACACUUCGGGCAAGUUUGCGCAGUGCAAAUCUGGCCAAGAGACCUAUUCGCCUCUCAACAAUUUCUCGGGGGCAAAGUCACCACGUUCGCCUUCCAUUGUCGGCGAAGAGCCAGACGAUGAUACUGGGAGUGUUAUUAUUGCUCGCUUUGGGGCUUUGCAAGCAGGAACUGGGUCUCCCAGUGUCUACUCGCGAACGACUAGUGGCAACACCCCCACAAAGAACUCAAGUGGAUGUGUAGCCAGCUUUAUCGAUGGCGAGACAGGAACUGCAACUAUAUUUGCUUCUCAGCGAACGGCUUAUAGCUCGCCGACUCGAACUGAUGGCUCCAUCCCAUCAAGCACCCCCAUGGAACCCAGUGCGGACUGGCAAAAGUGGAUGAGCUCCCAAAUUGAGAGGAUCGAAAAAACAAGCCCGACCAGAGAGCACCUUCGCGAGGAUACCCGCUUCGAGGACGAUGAUGAUCAGAUAUUCAUGGGAAUGCUGAAGCGGACUCCAGCACCAGCCCCGGAAAUUCAUGAGCCUUAUGUUCCUGAAGACGCAAGCUGUGUUGAUUCCUUACCACGGGAAAAUCCCAGGCCUCUGGCUCAAAACAAUUUCUCUCAUCCAUUCAGUCGAGCUUCUAGCGUACGAACCAUCUUGUCGUCGCAGAAGGUCCAGCCUCUUGAACCAAUGCAAAAUCGGCCAAAUCCCUCGGAUGCUGAAGAUGUCUCUGAGCCUUCUGUCUUGGAUACUUCGUCAAUGUCUGCUCGGAUUCCCAUCGGCCAGAGUCCAUCGCCAAUUCGCAUUAGAUCUUCCAACAUGCUCGCGCCUCCAGAGUCUCCAACUCCUCGCCGGACUGGUCCCGAGUCACAGAAGCGAUUGUGGACUCAGGAACAAUACCGACAUUACUCUGCUCGACGCCCAAUCGCAAAGGGGAAGUCCAACUCAUUCCGGUCAAUGUGGAGCUACCAUGAUGCUCACGGUACGAACAAUGAAAACACCCGACAGCAGGAAGAGCAUGACGAGAUGAUGGACGAUUAUCACAAACUCCAAGAUGUUCAUUCGACUAUUUCCAGCAAGCGCAUGGUGGACAUGUUUCUGGACAGUCGACGUCGGAAGAUGGGAAGAGAGGGAUCUGGGAGCACCGCUGCAGGCGAGGCGUUUAUUUAA